CCGCGGCAACAGGCAAAAGGUUAAAAAACGGUAUCCCUACCAGACGUUUAUUUUGCGUAACUUUGUAGUUUACGUAAAUAUUACACAAAUCGUGUUAUAUGCUAUGUCUCAGAGAGCAUAAUAGUUAGUGUUUAUUGUGAUCAUUAACUAUUAAAACUAUUUCGAGUUACUAUUUAUUUUUUAUCGUCACUUAACGAUAUUUAUUAUUUCAAGUUUUUUUAAACAAAAGUAAAAUUGGUGUUUAACAUGAGCCUGAGUCAAAUAAGAUGUUUAGUGAGGUGCGAUUUGGUGAAAGUUUGUUCUUCUAGUGGUUUAGUUGCAAAACUUGGGCCUUGUUCUACAAGAGAGCUGAGAAUAAGUGAUAGGCAACGAGCAGCCCAACACAACACGAAACCAGAUUGGAACCGCGCUGUGAGUGAAGCUGAGAAGAUCGUUGGUUAUCCAACAUCCUUCCUCAGCCUACGAUGGGUAUUAAGCGACGAAAUUGCGAAUGUAGCCCUUCACUUGCGGAAAUUAGUGGGAAGCAAUCAUCCAUUAUUAAAAACGGCUAAGAAUCUGAUCUACAAUGGCAAGAACAACAUGCAAGCAUGGGGCCUGAUUGUCUUGUUGGUGUCCAAAGCGGCCGGCCAUAGCCCAGAGAUACCAGACAUGGAGCAGGACAAAGCUGCUGGAGUGCUGCACAGCCAGCGCGCCCUCGCUGAAGUGACCGAAAUGAUUCGUACCUCGCACCUGGUCCAUAAAGGGCUCGUGAACAUGAACGCGCGGCGGACUGUGGAAGGUGACUCCGACGACAUGAUGUUCGGCAACAAGAUCGCUCUGCUCAGUGGCGACUACUUACUCGCCAACUCGUGUAUCGAGCUCGCUAACUUACGAAACCAAGAGCUCGUGGAGUUGAUGUCAUCCGCCGUGAGAGAUCUGGCGGAAGCGGAAUUCCUAGGAGAGAGAGACGAACAGAACAACCCCCUGCCAUCACGACCGUUGCCUGAAGACCAGCGGGAACCCGCUACUGAAUGGGACUGCAUAGUAGCACCGCUGCCGAUGGCGGGCGUGGCCGGUAUAGCUCGUCGUGAGUGGGUCGCGCGACACGUACUGGCUGCGGGAGCUCUGUUGGGAAAGAGUUGCUCAGCGGCACUCAAGCUGGCUGGCCACAACGCAGCCCUGCAGACACAGGGAUACCGGUUCGGUUGCCAUCUUGCCUUAGUAUGGCAGGCGUUCCUCGACUUGGAAUCGUUCACGGGUCCUGAGCCGUCUAGUUUCUCCUUAGUCGGAGCUCCACUUGCCUUCACCUUAGAAGCGAGACCUGAACUAUAUUCAUACAUCGAAGCUGGUCGCAAGAGUGUCCGAGAUGUGGACUAUCAUGCGCUGUAUGAAGCAGUGCUGGAGGGUAACGGUAUCGAGCAAACUAAACAACUACAGCGUGAGCACAUCACUAGCGCGUGUGAGGUGCUCGAUAGUUUCCCCAACUGCGACGCGAGAACGGCCCUCACUAACAUUAUCGUCGCUAUGCAUCCCUAGGCAUUGGUUGUUGCCACGGAUUCAAGUGGAUAAAAUAUAGUGUACUUCUAGUUACGGCCGUUCCCAAUAUACUAUCUACGGAUAGAGAUAACUUACUACCAUCUACUGUCAAUAAUCUGAAGCUGUUCCAAUAUACCCGAUAAGUCAUUCUUAUCGCCUUAUUUUUGGACGCGUGAAUUGCAAUUUCCAUGCAAACUUCUAUCGCUGGUAAGUUAUCGUCCCAUUGACAGACAGCGUGUACGGAUAAGGUGAGUUACCGUCGAAAAGUUUAUUGGGGCAGAAAAGUCAACGAUAGUUACGAUUUUUAUCUCAAUUAAGAGAUAGACUGAAUAUUGGGGACGGCCGUUAUCGUAUUGCUGUCACUGUUUGUUUCAUGAAAUUUUGACACGACAACGAUUAUCUCCUCCAUAAACUCCAUCUAUGAUUCCAACUAGCUAUUCGGGGCGGUGGUGAUAGCAGACUAAGGUACAUCACUAGCAUUUUGAUAUUCCCGCUAUUUCCCCGAGAACUUUAAAUAUGUUGAUGUCACUGAAGUGACUGAUAAAAAAAAGUUAAGUUUAUAAGUACAUAGUACCAACGGUUUUUAUCGUGCGUAUUUGUGAGUCAAUUAGAUAAUUCUGAAUUAUUUACUCAGUUUUUUCAUGUUUCAAUUUUAAAUAUAUAAGUAUGUUUGUAGUAUUAGUAGUGCAAACGUUUAAACUUUUUGUAAAAGUAUCUAACUUAACUAGACUUUAGGUUUUUUGAGGCUCCGUGUAAUAAGAAAUAAGCAAUGAAAAAAAAAAACAUUUUUUUUUAAUAAUUAUGAGUAUUCUAUUGACUAUAGUAAAAAGUCGUACCAAGUGUAUCAAAAAAAUUAUAGACAAAAUUUAUAGUUACCUGUAGUACUUAAUUAUCAUGUUAGAGUAGAUAGAAUAAAAAAUAUGAACGCAUGGUGUCGGGUUUCUUGACCUUAUUUUUGAGGCUGUAUACAUAUCUACAAAAAAAACUACUUUUAUAUAUUAAAUAUAAGGCUUAUAUUGUAAAAUUUUUUGAUACUUUUUAAUAUACAUUUGUAAGUAGAUAUAAUAUAGAUAGUUACUUAUAGACCUUUAAACGCUAUAAAUUAUCAGCGUGUUAGGGACGGACGAGUAUUUACAGGAAACGAUAUGUGACAAACUAACAAACACAUGCUCUUAUGAUUGUUACAUGGAACUAUGAGCAGCUGGUGACUUACACUAGUAUAAAAGAAAAUAUAUAAUAUACUACUAAAACACGAUAUCGAUGUAAACGAAUUUCAGCAUAGAUUUAUUGAAUAAUUGAUUUGUUUCCAUAAAAUAUUGAAAAACAUAAUUUUAUGAACGAUGCGGGAUUCGAACCCACGACCUCGGGCGUUCCGUGCCGGUGCUCUAACCAACUGAGCUAACCGCAUCGAAUCCCGCAUCGUUCAUAAAAUUUUGUUUUUCAAAUUUUAAUUGUGUAUUAAUCCUAAAAGUGAGGUUUAUUACUUUAAAAAUAUAACAUAUUGUUUGUUUCCAUACUUUUUAUCAGGGAGGUUCCUUUGCACAGGAUGCUGGCUAGAUUAUGGGUACCACAACGGCGCCUAUUUACGCCGUGAAGCAGUCAUGUGUAAACAUAACUGUGUUUCGGUCUGAAGGGCGCCGUAGCUAGUGAAAUUACUGGGCAAAUGAGACUUAACAUGGUAUGUCUCAAGGUGACGAGCGCAAUUGUAGUAUCGCUCAGAAUUUUUGGGUUUUUCAAGAAUACUGAGCGGCACUACAUUGUAAUGGGCAGUGCGUAUCAAUUACCAUUUUCCGACGUCCUGCUCGUCUCGUCCCUUAUUUAAAAAAAAUAUUCUUCGUGGCGUUAAAAUGUUGUAUAAUUAAAUGAUAUUUAUUUUUGUAUCAAUGAGUUUAUUGCUCUCUUAAUUGUACAUUUUUAAUUUCUUAAUAAAACUUUUUU